AUGGCCAACAGUUUGCGAAUUUGGGGAUUAAACAACCCUCCCAAUUUGAACAGAAAAGAACUUGGUUGUAUGUUAAAUUACAAAAGGGGCCUGAACGUAAUAGAUUAUGUGGAUACAUGUUAUCACACUCAGACAUAUUUCAAGGAAUAUGAAAACUUCAUACUACCUAUGAAUGAGAUGGAGUUGUGGGAUAGAACUAAUAUACCACCAUGUGUGCCUCCUUCAUACUCCAAACAACCUAGAAGGCCAAGAAAGGCUAGAAGGAAGGAAGCAAGUGAAUGCAACAAGAAGGCCAAUGUUGUUACAAAAGUUCAAGACUCACUAAGUACAAAAAUAAGGCGAGCUAAGCCUGCAAGAUUUGUGCAUAAAGGAAAAUGGAAGAGAAAGGCCACCAUUGCAGCUGGAAGUUCAAAUGCAUCACCAACUGAUUCAGCUGCUCUAUCCUCAAUAUCUGCCCAUCCUGCAAGUGUAUCUGCCUCUCUUGCAACUGGAUCUGCCCCUCCUGCAUCAACUGAAGCUUCAACUGGCAAUUCUUUUUUUAUUGAGGAAACGACCUAUGGUUGUGGGAGCAUCAGACUUGAGCAAGGAAUGAUGAUGGUCUUGCACACUUGUCUGUGUUCUAUUAGCUGGUUUGGUUAUUUUGUUAUCAGAAGACAAUUUACCUUUAUUAGCUGGUUACCUUUUAUCAGCUGGUUUGAUUAG